UCUAUUUAUCAAAACAACACCUAAUAAUUAUUCUCUCUCUUCUCCUUUUCUAUUUUUCUUUUUGCUCCACUUUGUUGGAGCUGAACAAGGUUUCAGUUCUUCAGUUUCUCUUUCUAGAAGAAGAAUACUAAAUUCUGAAAGGAUGGCUUCAAUUGAUUCUUGAAAUUAUCAGCUUUGCUGAAAUGGAUAUUUUCUCUAAAGGGUUUUUCAACUAAGACUCUCUACUGUGAGACGUGAUCUGCUAUUGUCUUUUAGUAUCUUCCUCAUCAGUUUGUAUAUAAGAGCAUUUACACAACUCUUGAUGCCCCUCUACAAGAUUAGAUAAAAUGGAUCGAUCAGACACAUCAGGGUUUGUGAGUGGAGGAGGUCAGCUUUUCCCUAAUAUAGUUUGAUAACAUCCAAUGAUCUUAAUGAGAAAAAUAUGUGCCUUGUUCCAGAUGUCGAGCUCACAAGGAGUGAUACAACAUUAAGAUUGGAUUGCUUUGGUUAUGGAGGAAAUGGGUUUAUCAGAUUUGGAGGCAGUGGAACCAGCAGUAGAAGCCAUGUUAUGCAACAGAAUGCUGUUGAUGAUGGGUUUAAAUUGGUACUUGGUUUGGGCCCAACACCUACAAUGUUUUCCGACGAUUAUUGCCCUGGUGGAGCUAAUAAAAACAAAGGGUUUACAGCCUUGUUGAAUCAGGGGCUAUCAUCUGAGAGUGAUUCAAUCCUCAAACUUGGCCUCUCUGGGAAUACUGAUGAAAUUUCCAAUGCACUUGAUUUUUCUGCUAUCACUCAGAGUACUGCUGGUGCACCUCAUCAUCUUGAUCAGCUAUCUUCGGCUGGAAAUAGACCAGCGAUCCCUGUCCUGGAUGAAGGUUCUACAACGGCCAAGAAGUCGGGUGGAUACAUGCCUUCACUUCUUCUUGCUCCAAGAAUUGAAAACAACCACCUAUCCUUCCAAAACAAGGAACUUUUGGAGCUGGGUGCAAAAUCGCAUUUCCAUCUCCCUGAGCUGAGCUCUGAACCUUCUUGUAUCUCUGAUUACUCAAUGAGUACCAUGUCCGAACCAACGACAAUGGCUACAUCCUCACGUAAGACAACCAAUCCCAAGAGAUGCAAGUUUCCGGGGUGUCCCAAAGGAGCUCGAGGAGCAACAGGUCUUUGCAUUGGACAUGGCGGAGGACAGAGAUGCCAAAAACCGGGAUGCAACAAAGGUGCUGAGAGUAGGACCGCCUACUGUAAGGCCCAUGGAGGAGGGAAGAGGUGUGAGCACCUGGGAUGCACUAAAAGUGCAGAAGGUAAGACCGAUUACUGCAUAGCACAUGGCGGUGGGAGGCGCUGUAGUUUUACUGGAGGUUGCACCAGAGCAGCACGUGGCAGGUCAGGCCUUUGCAUCAAGCAUGGUGGGGGAAAGCGGUGCAAUGUGGAAGGAUGCACUCGUAGUGCCGAGGGGAAAGUUGGCUUGUGCAUUUCCCAUGGUGGUGGACGCCGUUGCCAAUACCCUAGUUGUGCAAAGGGCGCACAGGGAAGCACUUUGUACUGCAAAGCACAUGGUGGUGGAAAGCGUUGCAUAUUUGCUGGCUGCACCAAAGGAGCCGAAGGGAGUACGCCUCUUUGCAAAGCACAUGGUGGCGGAAAACGUUGUCUCUUUGAUGGUGGUGGGAUAUGCCCCAAAAGUGUACAUGGAGGCACGAAUUUUUGUGUUGCACAUGGUGGUGGGAAGAGGUGUGCUGUUCCAGGAUGCACUAAGAGUGCUCGAGGGCGUACAGAUUGUUGUGUUAAGCACGGAGGAGGGAAACGUUGCAAGUUUGAAAACUGUGGGAAGAGUGCUCAAGGUAGUACUGACUUUUGCAAGGCUCAUGGUGGUGGUAAGCGUUGCAGCUGGGGAGAGGGGAAAUGUGAGAAGUUUGCUAGAGGAAGAGGAGGGCUAUGUGCUGCUCACAGCAGCUUGUUACAUGGGAGGAAUGCUAAUAAAGGAGGCAUGAUUGCACCAGGACUUUUCCACGGACUGGUCCCUGCUGCCUCCCCCUUAAAGACCACUUUUGAGAAGAACAAUCGUUCCUCUUCUAUGGUGAGCAUGAUCUCAGAUUCAGUUCAUUCACUCGAGAAGCCGGCUGAAAGGCAGCAACUUAUACCACCACAAGUAUUGGUUCCCUUGUCAAUGAAGGCCUUAUCAACUUGUUCUAACCCCUUAACUUCAGAGAAGCAGGACAACAGAAGCACCGACCUUGCGAUUGGAAGAAACAACACAAACAACAACGUUGAGUUUGUUGUCCCAGAGGGCAGAGUUCAUGGUGGUGGGCUAAUGUCAUUGCUUGGGGGAAAUAUGAAAAAUGCAAUAAUGUGAAGCUGUGCACUUUGCUAUUGGUGAAUUUGUACUCUCAUGAACUAGUAUUCAUUUCUUUUUUGAACUGUGUAUAAAUGUUUGUAUCAGUUUUGUGGGACUCUAAGAGUGUUCUGUUAAGUACAUAGGUUAUGCUAUUGUAACUUGUAAUUGUCAGGUUGCCUUAUUCCUGAAUUUGUACUCUCAUUCAGUCCAUCUAGUCGGUUAUGCAGAA